AUGUUUCUUGAGCUACUAAUUUUCUUCCUUAUAUUUCAUAUCGGUACUACUUCUCCAUCUCUAACACCUUCACCGCCACAAUGGCCUUCAUUUUGGAUGGUAACUGGCAGUGGACAGUCUUUGAUUAAUAAUCAAACAAUAAGUGCACAAAUCUUUUAUGAUUGGACUCGUCCAGCGCAAGUUAUGAAUUUAAUGAGGGACGACUCCUACACAUAUACAAUAAUGCAUAAUGGAACAACAGUAUGGCGCUUAGAACGUGCGAACAAAACAUGCUGUAUCGAUCCAGAUCAUACAGGUGUAACACCACCAAGACCAGAUUGGUUACAAAUUGGUAAUGAAACUAAAUAUGAUGGUAUUAUUACGGUCAUGGAACAUUUGUGUCAUUCAUGGACAAAAGCUGCUCCAGAUAUUGCUACAUUCUCGUGGUUAACAUCAGUUGCAACUGGUGUACCAUGUCGUCUUGCAUGGGUGAAUAUUAUUCAAGCGGAUUUUUCAUAUUAUUCUGAAAAUCGUGAUUUAUUACCAAAGGGCAUUUUUGAUGUACCUAAUUAUUGCCCAAAUGAAGUAACUGAUCCAAAUUGUAGUGUUUUUCAUUUCUAG